CAGCUCUCCCAGUUCCCCCUUGCCUUGACCCUUGGACACCCCCAGACCCCCCAAAUCUCUGUGUCCCCCCAGUUCUCCACUCCCUGCGUUACCUGGAUGUGGCGGUGACGGAACCCAGCCCAGGGAUCCCUCAAUUCAUGGUGUUGGGAUACGUGGACGGGAUCCCCUUUGUGCGCUACGACAGCGAGCGGGACCGGCUGGAGCCGCUGACGCCGUGGAUGGCGGCCGGAGCCGAGCCGGGAUAUUGGGAUGGACAGACCCAGAUCAUUGAGAGGAACCGGCUCAUUUAUGCCACCAACCUGGAGACAGUGGGGGGCCGGUACAACUGGAGUGGGGGUCUCCACACGGUGCAGCGGCUUUAUGGCUGUGACCUCCUGUCCGAUGGAAGUGUCCGUGGAUCCCAACGGCACGGCUACGACGGGCAGGAUUUCAUCUCCUUCGAGCUGGGAUCUGGGAACUUCGUGGCGGCCGAUGGAGCUGCCCAGAUCACCAAGAGGAAAUGGGAACACGAUGGGAUCGUGGCAGAGGGGUUCAGGAAUUACCUGGGGAACAUCUGUCCAGAAUGGCUCCAGAAAUACGUUGGAUACGGGCGGGAGGCACUGGAGCGCAAAGGUGAGGGAGACAGAAUUCCCAUGGGAAUGUGGCAUUUGGGAAUGUGGGAUUUGGGAGGAUGGAACUGAGGAAC